UCCUUGACUACCGUCAUUUCUGCCCUCACAUGUCUCUCUCUGUCGUGAGAAUACAAGUAGGGUAAGUGUGGUUUCAUGCUACCGGGAUGCAGACGCUGAAGCUCCAGUAUCACUGACGCCCUUCUCUAUUGAUCCUAGCCGCUCCUGCCUCUGUCCGUCCUUACCCCAGACAAGCCAGACAAGCUAUUGUCCAAAAAAGCACAGUAUAUGAUUCCCAGCGGAAAAGAAAAGAAAAAAAACAAAAAAAAACAGCAAGGAAUGGAAGGGAAAGGGGAAAGAGUACUCGAGUACACACAGACAGGAACACACGCACACACGCACAAGUGGCACACCUGCAGGUUCACAUCGCGAUUCUGUCCCAGAUGAAGCCCACUCUCUAUCGGCUGUUGGUCAGAUUUGCCGGAAUUCCAGAAAAAUACAAGUGAAUGAACUACCUCCACCCUUCCUUUUUAUUCUCUGCCCUUCACUUUCUCUACCACAGCUUACUUACCUGUCUUCCCACCACAUACAUGCGUACCUAAUGCUUUACCACUAUCAUAUCCACCCUCUUCCAUUCUAACCGACAUCUGUGGAUAAUCCUAAAAAGGGUUACCCAUCGGUUUAUACAUUCGUGCUGGUACUGUGCCCCUUCGUCAGCGGUUCCGGCUGCUCUUUAUUAGAGCUGGCUCAUCCGCCCCCAUUCAUCUUGGUUUUUCCGUCUCCAUGCAUUGCUUUCCUAUUGUCAUUUCAUUUCAGCUUCCCUUCUCGCUUGACUGGUCUCAAAAAUCCUUCUUUUAUCUAUACAAUUCCCUUCUCGUUCUGUUCAUUCACUUCCCGUACCAUAUCUUCCAUCCGAUUCAGAUCUCAAACCUUGUCAACAUUGGGAUAACACAGGAUCCUCGAUCACGCUCUUAAUAAUCCCACAGCCUGCCUUCUGGUCAAGACAUUGAGGGAUUUAUAUAUAUAAAAGAUAAUCCACAUUUUCCACACAAGAAAUUAUAGACAAAAAGCGAAGGGUCAGCCCUAUUAACUUGCAAUGGCUUCUGUUACGGAAUCGAGACGCGGGAUGAGAGAUUUUAUCUCUGACCUUCCUCCAGAGUUGUCCCGGCUUAUACUCUCGCGACUGGAAAUCCGGGAUGUUUUCAUGUGCGCAGCUGUUUGUCGCGCGUGGCGCUCCCACACAAGAAUCAACGAUAGUUUGUAUAUCCCACAUCUUCUCCAGAAAUACAGCAAUAUUACACACGGACGGGAUCCAAUACCCCCAAGGGCGAACAUUGGCCAGGAGCUGCUUCAGCGAUUCCCCCACCUAUCUGCGUCUUCCUACUUUUGCAAUCCAAAAUCGCUCCGGGAUUUAGCUUUGCGUGAUAUGCACUUGCGGAACAAGUGGAAAUCCGGAAUUCCUCGCAGGAGGGCGAACCUCAAUGCUUGCAUGAAGCAUAACGACGUCAUUUUCUCGGUCGUGAUUGACCAAGUGUACGGUUUGAUUGUCAGUGGGGAUCGGUCCGGUGGCGUUGUUUUCUGGAGUACACGGACACAGGAGAUGAUCAAGGAGUUGAGUCUAGCCCAAGGGCCUAAUGAGGAUGUUCCUGCCAUCAGCCCCGCUAUAUCAGCUAUGGCCGUAAAAGGAGACCACUUGGUUAUCGGCACAUGGGUAUGUAUCCUCUGUUGAUUCAAUUUCGCCCAGGGUGGUCCACCCUGCAUGUGUUUUGACUUUUAGAUAGACCCCGCUAAUAUCAAUUGGCUCACUAUUCUAGCACUUGACCGUGCACAUUGCACGUAGGGACAGCGAAGACUCCCCCAUCGAGAACCGCGCGUUUUCCCUAGUAUCAAGUUUUCAGGUUCCAUCACCAGUUAUCAGCAUUAUCCUUGAGGGAGAAACAUGCAUUGUUGGCUGCCAUAGGGGCGAAGUUGUGUUCUAUAGCAUUGGCAUCCCUGAAGAGAACCCCAACACCACCAAUGGGGAAGACUCGAUAACUGGUUACAAUCCUACCCAUCUCCUUACCAUCCAGAUCCCGAGGCGAGCGGGAAUUAGACAACCCAAAUUCAACCUUUCUAUGCACUACCGCAAGCCUUUCCUUUUCACAUCAUCCGAUCUUGUAUCCCAAUUGACGCCUAAGAGAAUGGACCAAGAUAACGGGCGGGACCUCUGGCAGUAUGAGGCGCAGGAUAUAACGAUCAAGACUUCUUCCGGGAAUAUGUCGGGACUGGAUCCUGAUUACUUGUGUAUGCUGCGGCCACUGUGCGAUGAAGGGGACCUACUCGUAGCCUGGCCUGACCUAUCGGUGUACAGCCUUGGAAACUUUAAUUCUAGGUUGGUCUGGACCCCAAAGUCCAAGGUACUUGUGGAUAGAGCGCACUCGCAGCCUGUGAGAUGUAUGGGCACUAUUGACGGGUUUUUCCUGACGGGUUCUUUUGAUAAUGUGCGCAACUCACGUGUUCUUGUCCCAUCACUCGUUAUAUCCUUACUAGACCACGUACUAAAACCUAAGACAGAGUGUGCGGCUAUUCGGUGAGAAUGGGACACCAGUCCACGAGCCAUUCAUUCAUCAGGGAGCGGUCAACAGUCUAGCAGUAAGUACCAAUUGGACGCCAGCUAGUGAAGCUGGGGUGGAUGUAUGAAACAGCGGAUAGUUCUGAGCUGAUCUAAACCUUUGUCAGACCGAUCCCUGCUUUUUCGUAAGCGUAUCCGAUGACAAGACCGUGAUGCUCUGGGAUUUCACUCCACCGUCGUAUGAAACUGGAGAAUCCACAUUCUCAUCGCCGGGCGCCACCUCCACUCUCUCUUCUUCGGAAUCCAGCAGUUCACCCGCAACUAGUCCUCCUUCUACCCCCGGUCUAUAGCCAAUUCCUCACUCUGACAACAACCGCCAGCCGAAUGGUAUAAUACUCAUUAUUCUCAUUAUUUUCUAUGCACAGUUCUCACCGACACCAUAUCUAGGUCCCGAUAGCCCCUCCCAAAAGCCCGACAUUACAAGGGAAGGAGAUCACGAUAUCGCUGUAAACCACACUACACCAUAGUCAAUGUUAAUCACACCCAGAGCGAACACCAAAGAGAAAUAAACCCCGAAUGGAAAUGCAUAUCCAGUAUCAUAAAGGCACCCCUUGCGAAUUCUAAACCUAAUCCGCUCGGCGACGGGGGAGAGUGCGGAGGCUGAUCCCUAACCUAGUUGACUUGGGUUCGUAAUGUAGCCGUUGAUCGGAUUCACCAAUAACUUAGAAUUUCCUCGCACCGCAUAGAAUACAUCUUCUUACACACCCAUUCUAUUCUUUCCCAGUGUUUUUCCCCCUUCUAAUUUCUCCUAUAUAUUCUUUUUAGCUUUAUUUAGCGUGCCUAUUUUUGCCCUCCCCCUCUUAUGCCCUAGUGCUUUUUUUUUUUGGCAAGCCGGUGUUGGUAGCUCAUGUCCAGCGUGUUGUAGCAUUGAAAUAGACUUUUUUUUUGCUUUUGUUUUUGCUUUUCAUCCUGGGGCCAUCAUUUUUAGCUGAUAGUUUAUAUACCCCGCACCAUGUUCUGGUUCUUUCUCUAACCAUCUGGUCUUAUCCUGCCUUGUCUUGUCUUGUCUUGUCUGGUCUGGUCUGGUCUGGUCUGGUCUGGUCUGAUCUGAUCUUGUUGGCUGGGUUCCAGGUUUGUCAACAGGUAGGCGAUGAUAAUGCCAUUUAAGCUAUGAUAAUAGCAUCAUACCGUACUUCAUGUCCCGACAUAAUCUAUACUGUACUUUUACUAGUAAAGUAACUUAUAAACACCAACUGUGACCAUCAUUCCUCACCGCUAGGGUCGUCGCUACCUGUGCUACCACAGCACUUGGAACACCUAACAGCCCACUUGUACCGUACGACAGCGCAAAUGUCAAGCUAUCCCUCCCAUCCCCGGCAACGCAACAAAAUAGCUGCACAAUAAAACAAA